AAAAUUAAGAGGGCGAAAGAGAAAGAAAUGUUGUGAUAGAUAGGAGAGGGUGAUUGUGUGGGCACAUGCGCCAUUGCGACAUCAAUGCUGUCGUAAAUGGCCAUUUUUGUCUACCCAAAAUAAUCCCCCCUUUUCUGAUUUUUCCUUUGGAGAAGAAAAAAUCUGCAAAAAGAUUUGAACUUUGUUAGAAAAUUUGAUAAGAAAAUUCAAUCCCACCAUAUAUACUUUAGAAAGAAAAUAAAAUAAAAUUCAAACAGCUCUUCCUAGGUUGUUGUAGUAAUGCAGCGUUCUUGCUUGAAUUGAUGCACGUGCAGAAACCUCUAUUUGUUUGAGCCUCACUAGCACUUCAUUUUUCGCCUACAUCGAGAGGCGAAAAAUGGGCGCGUGCUGCUCCUGCCAUAGGGGCGCCCCCAUCAGGAGGUACGACGUCGAGGAGUACGAGGAGAGGAGGAGGCACGACGAUGGAGGCGUCGUGUUGAGAGGUGACGGCGGCGCCCGGGUCCGGCUGCAGGGCUCCUCCAAGUAUGUCUCCAUGUAUAGUCAGCAAGGGAGGAAGGGAGUCAAUCAAGAUGCCAUGACUGUUUGGGAGAGGUUUUCAGGGGACAGGGACAUGUUGUUCUGCGGCGUGUUCGACGGCCACGGCCCGUCCGGCCACAAGGUGUCGCAAUACGUCCGCGACUUCCUGCCGACUAAGAUCUCCCAACUGUACAGACAGCCCAGCAUCGAUGGGAGGUGUGUAGUGAUGGACAUAGCCGAUGAUGAAACCGACUCUCGGAAUCCGCUCUUCCUCUCGUGGAAGGCUCGCCUCACCCAGUGCUUCCACGACAUGGACGACCAGCUCGAGAAGGAUACCUCAAUCGAGACCUAUUGCAGCGGCACUACUUCUGUUUCUGUCCUUAAAAAGGGAGAACACUUGAUCAUAUCCAAUCUUGGCGAUUCUCGAGCUGUUCUUUGCAAGAGGGAUGAUAGUAAUCAGCUGCUUGCGGAGCAACUCACGGUUGAUCUGAAGCCCAAUGUCCCGAGUGAAACGAAACGGAUCAUAGAUCGUCAAGGGCGAGUCCAAGCCAUGGAGGAGGAGCCAAACGUGUACCGGAUUUGGAUGCCUCACGAGGACUGCCCCGGCCUCGCCAUGGCCAGGGCGUUCGGAGAUUUCUGCUUGAAAGACUACGGCCUCAUCUCAACUCCGGUGGUGUCGUACAGGAAGCUCACGGACCGAGACGAGUUCGUAGUCUUGGCCACCGAUGGGGUAUGGGACGCGUUGUCGAACGAUGAGGUGGUGAAGAUAGUGGCCUCGGCACGGGACCGGUCCACGGCGGCACAGUCCUUGGUAGAGAAUGCCGUGAGGGCGUGGAGGGACAAGUACCCUCGGUCCAAGAUCGACGACUGCGCCGUCGUGUGCCUGUUUUUCAAGCGGCCCGCGCCUACAGAAGUGGUGCAGUACAAAUCAAACUAUCCGGAGCUCGACUCACAAAGCUGCACCGGCAGCGUGGAUGCCCUCGACACAGUUUUGAAUAUCAAACUCGAUGAAGGAGAAAAAGGUGAAGACGAAACGGUGAGGCGUCCAAGGAAAAGAAGAUUGGGGAAGAAACUUGAGAGUGUCACAGACUGAAAUUAAGAAACAAGAUAAAACUUGGUUUCUUGAUUGUAAAUAGUUUGGGAAGAUGAAAAAGAAAAGUGGGAGGUUUUUUUUACUUUUUUUACUACUUUUGAUUUGUUUUGGUUCAAGCAAGAAUCUGAGGAGGGGCUGAAUUCAUGAUUAGUGUUUUGUUUUAUGGUGGGAAAAUUGACAGCAGCAAAUUUUCAAACAAUUUUAUUGUAACUCAGCUGAGAACUUUAAAGUUGUUCUGUUUUUAUGUU